AAGGCUUCCGCCCGUGCCCAAGAUGGCGUUCAGGCGUCCUUCUUAACUUCCAUCUGUCUUGGUGGCGUCUGACGUCGCAGCUGGUAGUGGGUGGAGCUUUUAACAAACAGCAAAUGUAGGGUCCUCUGAGCGGGAGUCAGCCAUGGACUGGAAAGACGUGCUUCGCCGGCGGUUAGCGUCGCCCAACAUGGAUCCAAAGAGGAAAAAAAGUGAACAAGAAUUAAAAGAUGAAGAAAUGGAUUUAUUUACCAAAUACUACUCAGAAUGGAAAGGAGGUAGAAAAAACACAAAUGAAUUCUAUAAGACCAUUCCUCGGUUUUAUUACAGGUUGCCAGCUGAAGAUGAAGUCUUACUACAGAAAUUACGAGAAGAGUCUAGAGCUGUCUUUCUACAGAGGAAAAGCAGAGAACUCUUAGACAAUGAAGAAUUACAGAACUUAUGGUUUUUGCUGGAUAAACACCAAAUACCACCUAUGAUUGGAGAGGAAGCAAUGAUCAAUUAUGAAAAUUUUUUGAAGGUUGGUGAAAAGGCUGGACCAAAGUGCAAGCAAUUUUUUACUGCAAAAGUCUUUGCCAAACUCCUUCAUACAGAUUCAUAUGGAAGAAUUUCCAUCAUGCAGUUCUUUAACUACGUCAUGCGAAAAGUUUGGCUACAUCAGACAAGAAUAGGACUCAGUUUAUAUGAUGUUGCCGGGCAAGGAUACCUUCGGGAAUCAGACUUAGAGAACUACAUACUGGAACUCAUCCCUACUUUGCCACAGUUGGAUGGGUUGGAAAAGUCCUUUUACUCCUUUUAUGUUUGUACAGCAGUUAGGAAAUUCUUCUUCUUUUUGGAUCCUCUAAGAACAGGGAAGAUCAAAAUUCAAGAUAUUUUAGCAUGCAGCUUCCUAGAUGAUUUACUGGAGCUAAGAGAUGAGGAAUUGUCCAAAGAAAGUCAAGAAACAAAUUGGUUUUCUGCUCCUUCUGCCCUGAGGGUCUAUGGUCAGUAUUUGAAUCUUGAUAAAGAUCAUAAUGGCAUGCUAAGUAAAGAGGAGCUCUCCCGUUACGGAACAGCAACCAUGACCAAUGUCUUCUUAGACCGUGUUUUCCAGGAGUGUCUCACUUACGAUGGAGAAAUGGACUAUAAGACCUACCUGGACUUUGUCCUUGCCUUAGAAAACAGAAAGGAGCCCGCAGCUCUGCAGUACAUGUUCAAAUUGCUGGACAUUGAGAACAAGGGGUACCUGAAUGUCUUUUCCCUUAAUUAUUUCUUUAGGGCCAUACAAGAACUAAUGAAGAUCCAUGGACAGGAUCCUGUUUCAUUUCAAGAUGUCAAGGAUGAAAUCUUUGACAUGGUCAAACCAAAGGAUCCUUUGAAAAUCUCACUUCAGGAUUUAAUCAACAGUAAUCAAGGAGACACAGUCACUACCAUUCUAAUUGAUCUCAAUGGCUUC